AUGCCAUUGUAUUAUUUUAUUCAAGGCAAAUUCUAUCUUAGAAUAGAUCUGCUGGGAGAGGGAGCUAAAUGGCGUAGAACCACCGGUCAAGAGAUCUAUUCUCCUCUUCUUGUGGCUUUUUCAGAACAGGAUGGGGGCAACUGGGUAAAUUCUCAUGUACCAAAAUUCUCUGCAACGGAGUCCUAUUGUUUGCCAGAAAAUGUUGCUUUGAUUACACUUCAGGCGCUUGAUGAUGAAAGUGUUCUUCUUCGGUUGGCGCAUCUCUAUGAGCUUGACGAGGACAAGGAUCUCUCAAAGAUGGCCACUGUGGAUCUUAGAAAGUUGUUCCCAGACAAAAUGAUAAGCAAGAUUACAGAGACUAACCUAUCAGCUAAUCAAGAGAGAUCUGAGAUGGAAAAGAAGAGGCUGAAAUGGAAAGUCAGAGGCACUUCCAGGUCUAAGUCAGUGGUGAGGGGAAGACCAGUUGAUUCUUCAAAGCUCUUAGUAGAGCUAGGUCCAAUGGAGAUCCGUACUUUCUUAUUAAAUUUCCUUGAUGCCCGCCGGCAAGUGGUCGACUGAGCUUAGUCUGCAAUAGGAUUCAAUCGAGCGCCUUCGACUAUAUGUGCUUCGAAUAAGAAACAUUCUCGUGAUAAAUUAUUAGGUGUGGAGUUCGUACGUAAUUCUACGUGCAAAUGACCAAUAAUAAGAUGUGAGUAAACAGUUGUUAUGUUGUACGUUAUUUUGUAUUGAUCGUCUGUAUGUAGAAUUAUGUAUGGAAUUUGUAUGUAAUAAUUUAUUUGACCUCAUAUUCAAGUGCGAGGGAACGGAGUUUGGCUUUGUUGUUAUAAUCAUUUUCCAUUAAAAAAUAAUCAUGGGGGCUUUUUAAGUGGUACAUGAUCAUAUAUUUU